AAGGGAAAAAUCUUGCGCAAUUCGGCUUGCUCGUGAUGCAGUUGGAUCUUCUAGGGGUCAGGCACAUAUGAAAAGUGCUUUUGCAUUGAGGGUAUGUUCUGUGACCCAUACUAUUCAUUUCUAUGCCUAACAUUGAUUUUUUUUUUUUUGCUAUUGUGGUAUCAAAAUUCACUUUGUAUGAUUUGGCUGCCAAAUAUUUGGAAGUUCCUGAUUUUUAUACAGAUAAAAGGACAGUUGUAAAGAAAGCACACCAUCUUGCUCCUUUCGAUUCAUUUCCCGAUGCCAGCAUCUUAGCUAGCAUUGUUUAUUCCCUUCGUUGAUCCUCUGUGUGGGACAAAGAGGCAAUAAGAGCAAGUCCUUUAUGGGGGAUGAAGGGGCAGUACAGAAGUACAGCUCAUUUCUUGCACGACCAAUAGAUCCCGGCCAUGCACAUCUCCUAAUUUCCUGAAUAUACGAAAAUCAGAUCCAAUUAAUGAGAAUAUCAUCAUCAGAUCACCCAAUGGCUCAGAUUUGUCUGCUCAUUGUAAGACCCAUACUGUGCAGAGUCUUUUGAUUCCACAUGCUAAGAUAUGGCAUAAUCUCAAGAUAAGAGUGGAAGUGUCCACGUGUGAGACUCUGGUAAUCUUGUCUGAUACUGUUACCUGUUUGGCCAUUAGAUAUUAAUAUUAUCUGAUAGUUACACAAUGGAACAGAUUUUCUCAGUUUUCAGCGUGUCUAGAUCUACUCCGGGUUAGUUUUUCUGUACACUUAUUCAGAAAAGGUCUAUGGAGUGCAAUUUCUGCGUCGCAGUGGCGAUCUUUCGAUAUGGUGAUGUAGUAUUACAAGUAUGAAACCGAAAUGAAGGUUGCGGGCAGAUUCUGUUGGAAUAGGGGUGGAUGGAAAGCUGUACAUUUUGAGUAUAAGAUGGCAAAUCAUCGGGAUACGCGGAGGAUCGGAGACACUGUCUAAUCCUUUUUUUUUCUUGCAUUUAAGAAUGUUCAGAUUCCCUCCAUCAUGGUCGUGCAAGCCUCUCUCUGCAGCUCUCCAGUUUAUUGGUGGGAUUAUUUCAUUCCAAUAACAUUCUCCACAAUUUUCAUAAUGCCUGAUUCUGUAUUAAUUGCUAAGAUAAUCCCAUGUUUGCCCCGGUUUUGAACCACAGGCAUGUUUGAUUCCUUGUCCUAUUAAUGCAACAGCGCUGAGGGAGGGCUCUCUGCAAUCAUUGAGACACUUGCCACUCGAGUUCUGAUUGGCUUGACUUCUUAAGAUGUGAUCCUGGAUAAUUCAACAAUCCUGUCUACCAACUAGUACCAACUAGCAGUUGAAGUUUUCUAAGUUCAUUAUGUGCGCAUUCCCAGGCCAUACUUGGAAGGAAGGGUCGUUGUCAGCACAGUUCAUACCCAGCCGUGGGGCGUCCAUUUCUCUAAGCAUGAUCUUGCAUUUCUUAAUCCUGCAACUGCUUUGUUUCCGUCAGCAUCCUCAUCAGUAUAAAUGCAGCUGUCGUGACAUGCAUUUUUCCUUCAGCAAGCAUAAGUGUAUCAAACAGCCCAGUUCUCCUCAUACCGACCACCUCCCUCACACACCCUAAACUUAUAUCACAAUGGAGUCUGGAGGAGUGAUUGUGGAGGCGAGCUGGGACUCGCUUGGACUAUCGUCGCAGGCUGAGGAGUCGGAGAUGAUGGAGCAGCUGCUCGGCACCUUCCCCUCCAAUGGCGAUGAAUCUCACCACCAGGAGCUGCCUUGGUCUGUCCAAGCCUCAGAUGCAUACUAUGCCCAUUGUAAUGGUAGCUCUAAUGCGUACAGUUCCGCUAGUAGCAACAGUGUUGGUAGUCUCAUCCUCGAUGUGCCGUCUGAUUACGGGGGCUUCUAUUUGGGCGACUCAAAUGGGCUGGACCUGAAUAUGGUCCAGGAGCAAGGUGCAUCUCAGUUUAUGGAUGCCAUCCUCAACCCUUCCUAUGGGAAUGGCGAUUCAAGCUGCGAAGAUCUUAGCAUGAACCUGCUAGACUCCAUCGAUGACACUUCUAACAAGAGAAAGCGCCAGGAUCAAGGGAAAGAGGCUGACGAAACAAGGGGUCGGAAAUGCUCGAGGAAGGCCGACUCGAAGCGGGCAAAGAAGACCAUGCAACAUGGAGGCGAGGAUGGCGCCAUUGCUGCCACCACAAAAGGGCAAAGCAUAAGCUGCUGCACGUCUGAAAUUGACUCUCAAGAGUCUCCUGUUGCCUCUAACCCGAAGGGAAAGACUCAGGCUGGCCGUCAGCCGACAACCGAUCCCCAGAGCCUCUAUGCAAGGAAAAGAAGAGAAAGGAUCAAUGAGAAGCUGAAGGUACUGCAGAAACUUGUUCCGAAUGGAACCAAAGUAGAUAUCAGCACUAUGCUUGAGGAGGCGGUGCAGUAUGUGAAGUUCUUGCAGCUUCAAAUCAAGGUCCUCAGCUCCGAUGAUAUGUGGAUGUAUGCGCCGAUUGCGUACAACGGGAUGAACAUCGGGAUCGAUUUGAACCUCUCUUAGAACUAAUAAGACACAUCUAACAGUCUCAAGUUUCUAAAAAAGCAGCAGAUAUCUACCGUAAAUACGAUUUGGGUUAAUUGGCUCAAAAGUGUUUAUUACUAACGCGCGACCAAUAAGCUAUUCCGGCAGUGUAUCUCUCCCAGGUGUAAACAGAGACCGAAUGCAUUGUUCUCCAGAAGCUUUUUUGUAACUUCGGUUACUGAAUGGAGUGCAUGUAGGCUGAAGAAUACGCAAAAAAGAUAGAUACCGAAAGUUGGAAGAGGCUCUGCAACUUGUGAAGACAAGGAGGGCAACAUUUUCUUUUCUCCUUCAGAUGCAACUUCACAUAAGAAGAUUGUCUCGUUUUCUCUUUUUUUUUUCAAGUUUGCUCUAGCGGCAAAUUUGUGUCUCCACUGAAGUACAGUGUUUAGUACUCCCUCCGUUCCUUUCUAUAAUGCCUAUAGAUUUUUGGCAUUUGUUUCAGAAUAUAAGGUUGUAGCUUGGCUCUUUUUCAAUUAUCCCCUCUACAUGCGUGAAAAAAAUCCAUACAAAAAGGAAACAAUUAAUUGAGAUUCCUAAUGCAUGACCCCAACGAUUCCUUAGAUUUAGGAAGCAAUAUUUUUAUUUCCUUAAUAUAACCUGGCUGCACAUAUAUGGAGAGUCAACUAGAGAGAUUUGUGGGAUUUCUUAUGUUAAUUUAGGAAGUUACCGAUUUCCCUCAUUUUACUCUGAUCUCAAAUCGUUAAUCUAGGGGGUCUUGUGUAAAGAACACUCUUGUGCUAAUUUCCGUGCCAAAAAACAAUAGGCACUAUAGAAUGGAACGGAGGGAGUAUAAU